AUGUUUCCCAACGAACCAGUGAUUCGCGAACAACUUGAUAUUCCAAAGAGUUUACAAUUAGCCGACCCGAAAUUUGAUCAACCUGCUCCUGUAGACAUGCUUUUAAGUGUUGGUACGACUCUUACUUUAUUUUGUCAAGGUCAAAUUAGAUUAAAUGAAUCCAACUGUUAUGACAUGAUACUACAAGAAACACGUCUUGGAUGGCUCAUCGGUGGAAGUGUAUUAUCGGAUACGACACACAACACAAGGGCCCUGGUACAAAAUCAGUUAACAGGUAUAGAAAGAAAAUUAAAAAAUUUUUGGGAAAUGGACGAUAUUUCUUCUACCAGAAUUUGGUCCAAGGAAGAGCAAGCAUGUGAAGACCAUUUUUUGAAAAACGUCAAACGAGAUGCUGACAACAAAUAUAUUGUUGCUUUACCAUUCAACGGAAAGGAAACCAAUUUAGGAAAAACAAAACAAGCAGCUUUAAAUCGUUUCAAAUCUCUUCUGCGAAAAUUUAAACGUAAUCCAAAGAUUGAAGAAAAAUACUCAGCUGUAAUGCAAGAGUAUAUUGACCUUGGUCAUAUGACUGCAAUUUAA